UGGGACGUAGGAGGCAAGUCAAGUGCUAUUUCGGACAGAACCAGGGCUUGAAUCACUUAACAGUCAGAAGCGUUUCCAGUGUAGAAACAGUCCGCUCAGAGCUGAUCUUAUUACACUGCAGCAAUCCGUGUUGACUGGCAGUCAUAACUUUUCCGUGAAGCCUGCGUGAGCCAUGCUGCGACUUGUUAGAGGCCAGAGCAGGAGGGUGAAAGGCUGUGUGCGCAGCCAGCGGAGGUCGAGUCAUCAUAAGAGCGUGAUGGCAAUCCGAAGAGAGGACGUUAAUGUAUGGGAGAGACGGGCACCCCUUGCCCCGCAACAUGUGAAGGAAAUCACUGCAGCAGGCCACAAAGUGCUGGUGCAGCCCUCCAAUAGAAGAGCCAUCCACAACAGAUUCUAUGAGAAAGCAGGAGCCAUUAUACAGGAGGACAUCUCAGAGGCUUCUCUCAUCAUUGGUGUGAAGAGGCCACCAGAAGAAAAAGUCAUUCCACAAAAAACCUACGCUUUCUUUUCCCACACCAUCAAAGCCCAGGAGGCUAACAUGGGUCUUCUAGAUGAUAUACUCAAAAAGGAAGUGCGGCUGCUUGAUUAUGAGAAAAUGGUUGACGAAAAUGGGUUCAGAAUUGUUGCAUUUGGAAAGUGGGCUGGUGUUGCUGGAAUGAUUAACAUUUUGCAUGGGCUAGGUCUCCGAUUCCUGGCCCUUGGGCACCACACUCCCUUUAUGCAUAUUGGAAUGGCACACAAUUACAGGAACGUCAGUCAAGCCAUACAAGCAGUGAGGGAUUGUGGGUAUGAGAUCUCACUGGGCCUCAUGCCUAAGUCCAUUGGUCCACUCACAUUUGUGUUCACUGGUACAGGCAAUGUAUCUAAGGGUGCACAAGACAUUUUCAAUGAGCUUCCAUGUGAAUAUGUGGAGCCACAUGAACUGAAAGAGGUCUCCAAAUCAGGAGACCUGACAAAAGUUUAUGGUACAGUGAUCAGCAGACACCACCAUUUAAUUCGAAAGAGUGAUGGGGUUUAUGAUCCUUUUGAGUAUGAGCACCAUCCUGAGCGUUACACCUCUCACUUCAGAUCCACUGUAGCACCUUACACAACCUGUCUGAUAAACGGCAUCUACUGGGACCCACACACUCCAAGGCUGCUGCGGCGACUGGAUGCACAGAAGCUUAUGAGACCUUCAAAAUCUUUAGCCGCAAUGACAGAAGGCUGGCCCUCCCUGCCACACAAGUUCUUGGCGAUCUGUGACAUUUCUGCAGAUACAGGUGGUUCCAUUGAGUUCAUGACAGAGUGCACCACCAUUGAGAAGCCCUUUUGCAUGUAUGACGCCAACCAGCACAUAGACCACGACAGUGUGGAAGGAAAUGGCAUUCUCAUGUGCUCUAUUGAUAACUUGCCAGCCCAGCUUCCCAUUGAGGCUACUGAGUAUUUUGGCAAUCGCUUGUUCCCCUACAUUUGGGAAAUGCUUCAGUCAGAUGCGACAAGACCACUGGAUGAAGAGAACUUCUCUCCACAAGUCAGAGAUGCUGUAAUAACAUCUAACGGGAAGUUGACUACUAAGUUUGAGUACAUUCAGAAGUUAAGAGAGAAAAGGGAAUCAGAACAGAUCCUGAAGAAAAGCGGAAUGAAGCGUGUCUUGCUGCUAGGCUCUGGCUAUGUGUCCUGCCCAGUUGUUGAGUAUCUCACCAGGGAUCCUGGCACCCAAGUCACAGUGGCAUCAGUGCUUCUAAGUCAGGCUGAGGAACUGGCUGCCAAAUAUCCAAACACCAUACCUGUGAGGCUUGAUGUGACUAGCCAAGAGGGCCAUUUCGAGUCCCUGGUCAAGGAUCAUGACCUGGUCAUCAGCAUGCUGCCAUAUAAUUAUCAUCCUUUGGUAGCUAAAUAUUGCAUCAGUAAGAAGGUGAAUCUAGUGACAGCCAGCUACCAGUCUUCAGCCAUGAAAGAGCUCCAGAAGUGUGCUGAGGAGGCUGGCAUCACCAUAGUCAAUGAGAUGGGCCUGGACCCUGGCAUUGAUCACAUGUUGGCCAUGGAGUGCAUCGACCAGGCCAAGGCAGACGGUUGCACUGUGGAAUCCUACAGCUCUUUCUGCGGUGGUCUUCCCACCCCAGAGUGUUCUGACAAUCCACUGCGUUACAAAUUCAGUUGGAGUCCAUAUGGAGUGUUGCUCAAUACCAUCAGUCCUGCCACUUAUCGCAAAAACAACCAGGUGAUCAGUAUUUCCCCUGGUGGGUCUCUAAUGGAUGCCACCGUGCCCAUGGACUUCUUGCCAGGUUUUAACCUUGAGGGCUUUCCCAAUCGAGACAGCACCAAAUAUGCUGAAGCCUAUGGCAUUGAGUCUGCACACACACUGAUCAGAGGGACUCUACGCUUUAAGGGCUUCUCCAGAGCAAUGAGCAGCUUUGUAAAACUAGGCCUGAUCAACACUGAGCCUUGCCCAAUGUUGGAACACACAGCCGAUCCUGUCUCCUGGAAAGAGCUCCUGUGUAAGCAGAUUGGCCUGACCUCUGAUGUUAGCACUGAGUCUUUUGAGGAAGCUGUGUUCAAUCAAAUUGGAAGAGAUGAGUUCAGGAUGCAGACUCUCAAAUGGUUUGGGAUGCUGAGUGAGGAGCCUGUGCCUCAUGCUAACACCAUCCUGGAAGCACUUGCUAAACACCUGGAGGCUAAGCUGUCUUUCGAUAAAGGAGAGAGAGAUAUGAUCAUCAUGAAGAAUAAGAUUGGCAUCAGACAUCCUACAGGAGAACUUGAGAUGAAGCACAUCAGUCUGGUGGUCUAUGGAGAUGCUAAUGGCUUUUCUGCCAUGGCCAAAACAGUGGGCUACCCUGCUGCUAUUGCAGCUCGUAUGGUCCUGGAUGGUGAGCUGAACACUAAAGGACUUGUUGUACCAAUAACGAAGAAUAUCUAUGCACCUGUUUUGAGGAGACUUCAGCAGGAAGGCAUUCAGUUCACCACCAAAAGCACAAUAUCAGAGUAAUGUUCUGUAAAAUCUACUCACGCUGCUGAUAAAUGGAUGAUUAUCUAUUUUCUUAAUCAACUGCUUUUCACUUUUGUCUGAUGAACUACUGAAUGCUUUGGAAUGUUUGCUUCCUCCUGUAAAAUUACUUUAUAUUGUAACGGUUUUAUUUAGAUAUUCCAGCUUGUAGGUCAGUACAUAUCCCUCUACAACCCUUAAAGCACCUGUGCAUCAAGCAGUGAGAAGGGCAUGAUGCUUUACUAUGAUGUAUUCAACACAUUUAUUUCAACCAAGAAAAAAACUAAAUUGAACUAAACUGCACAUUUUUUGUCAAACAGACGAAUUUGUUUUCUAGUACGUAUUUCAGAUGGGUUCCCAAACUAGGGGAGAAACUCACUAUUUCCUCUUUUUGUUUAAAUAUCGAAGGCAGAUUUUGUGUGCUGUUGUUUUUAAAAUGUUACUUGGAGUCACCUUCAGACAAGCCACAUUUCAAGUAAUAGGGUAUUUGCUAUUUUAGGCUUUUUCACUAUCCUAACACACUGCAGUAGCAAUAAGAAAAAAAAUGGAAGAAUUUCACCAUCCAUCUACCUCUGCUAAACAAACUAGCAUACUUGUGCACUAUUCUCAACCGUUAUUGAGUUCUAACACUAACCGUUUUUCUAACAUUACAGUUAGUGUUUGAAUUUUAAAAACCUCUCAAACCUCUUCAGACUUACAGAAAUGUCUGUUUUGUGUACCAGUCUUCUGGAUUUUCUAGAUUAGUAAAUACUUUUGAAUGUAAGAUCAGAGUAGUCGAUUUGCGACACAGCCCAUGACAGCAGUCAUUACUACGGCGUGCAGUUUUAAAGGUGCAUUAGGUAAGAUUUCUCAAAAUUUGUCAAGAGUAGGUCUCUGAUUUGCAGGAGUCCUAUAUUGUAAAUCUGGAGUUUUACAAAUGUAGGUGAAGGUUUGGGGUAGCAGAAAAUUCAUGAUGUCCAUUUGAGUUCAUUUACCCAUACAGUUUGGGAACCCUUGAUAUAUUUUCUAGUUUCUUUCUGGAAUUUUUGUUCUAGUAUUUCAGUUACUGUCAAUAAAUUUCAUGUUAAUAAACUUCGAAUUUCAUAGCUAGAAAUGUGACUGAAGGGAGGUUCAGUGCUCUUUGUUUAGUUUCUGAAUGCCAUCAUUAAUUUAUUUAAAGCAGCAUGUCAGUAGCUCCAGUCACAGCACUCAUCAAUACAGAACUGACACUUCUCACCUGUAUGAUAUCAAAACUGAUGAGUUGUUCCUCAUGAACCCCAAUUCAUAAUUUGAUCAUAUUUGUUACAAAUUGUAUAUAUCUCUAAUCUGUGUAAAAAAAAUAAAUAAAUAAAAAUAAAAAAUAAAUAAAUUAAAAAAAAGUCCAUCAAUAUGUACUUUUAUGAAACAAUAAAUAAAUGGCAGAAAAAAUAAUUGCUAAACAAACCCAAUGAGAUAUUUUGGCAGUGAUACUGUAGAAAGCUUGUCAUAAUAUGAUAAAGGUCAGAUUUUUGCAAAUCCAUUGAACUUUUGGAUAUUUGCAAACCAUGGAAGCCAAUCACUAUUCAAAUAAACUGAUUUUAACAGA